AUGAAGGAUGAUCCUUCACGCAAAAAAAGAUCAUUUAGUGAUGGUCACUUUUUCAAGAAACUGAAACUGAUGUCAAGGAAAAAGCAGCCCGUGGUGGAAAGAAGUAAAACUACUCGUACAAGGAAAGAAUCAGCUCAUUCCGUAGCGAAGUCGUCACAAUCGUUAAGGAGAACGAAUAAUGGCAGAAAUGCGAUUGCCAAGAGAAGAGUGCUAACCGAUAUAGGCUCUAGUAAUGACGGUGUCACUAGUAAAUCUGCCACAAACUCUCCUGAUGAAUCUAAUAUCAAUGAUUCUUUUCCACCUCCACCUUUAGAACUACCAGAUAUCGUCUCUAUAAAAAGUAGUAGAAGUCACUUUAGCACUACGAGUAAUAAAAACAAGCACGGUAUAGAUUUAACGUUCAUGCCUCGAAGAUCCUUACAAAAUUCCAAAGCCGGUUUGAAGAAACUGAAUACUUCUCCGCAAGGUUAUUUCAAUAUUCCUGUGACUAUAGAUCGAGCAAGUGAAAAAGUCAAACAUACAGAUACGAAAAAUACAUUGAACUCAUCCUCUUCCGAGAAUGAAAGGCCGGCUCUAAGUAUUUUACAGAAGGACGAUACUCAAAAUUCCUCACAUCCAACUGUCGAUACGACUGCCGCCCCCAAUAGUAUUAGCAAUAGUAACGAAAUCGAACACUCUUCAAACAGUUUAUUUGAUACUAUUCUAUCAAUAGCUCAUAAUGCCAUAUCACGUGUUCCCAGAAUCUCAGCUUUGAAUACUGAAAUACAGCGUGAACUAUCACAUCCCGGUGAAAGUCACACAGGUUCACAUAGUCAUUCCUACUUCCAUCAUCGCCAUGAACAACAGCACCCUUUGGCACAGCAGCAGGGGCCCUCGCAAGUUUCAGAAAAUGCUAACCGAAAUCAUAAUGACACAGUACUCAUUCAUCCUCCCUCAGCCAAUACAGCCCAUCGUAGUUCGUCAUUUCUACGUCAUUUGGAUUGCUUACUGUCCCCCGCUUCAGGCCCUGCCUCUGACGAACAUGCUCAACCCGAGGAGGAAGACGAUGACGACACUGAAGAAUUCUCUCCCCUUUCUAGGGCAUUUCUUUCGCCAUCAACUCAACUUGUACCUACAAAUAGGUCGACUACACCGCUUUCCGAUUCUUUGACACCUAAUGAUAGAAACAUGAAUGCAAACUCUAACUCUGAAAUUGAAAAUGACAAUGAUAGGGACGAUAAAUCAAAUGUGGGCAAGGUCAAAUUUCAACCAUUAAAAGUUCAGGAACCUGCAAUUUCGACUUUUGGUAAAGGUAAUUUGACUUUAGAAGCUGUAGCGGGCUCUUCGGAUGUCGAUAACACAACCAUAGAUCUGGACGAGAAUAAUGCUAACAAUAACAACGGCAAUAAUCCAAAUGCCAGUUCAACGAAUUUGAGUCAUAUGAGUAGAACUAACAUGAGCAAUAAUCCUGGUUUCAAAGAAUUAAACAGAAGUUAUCGUAAUAGCAGUUAUAUUGAUAUGGCAAGGUUUGGAAAUUCGCAAUCAAAUGUGUCUAGCCAUAGGGCAAGAAGUAAGACCUUACCUGCUAACAAGGCACUAGAGAAUGCCACAAACGAUGAAAUUGAUAGUAAACGAAAUUCCUCUUAUUCUAAUGAUAUGACUUUUGAUGACGCUGAUGAAAGGAAAUCGAGAAGCACGGCCAAAAAGUUCUUGAGCAGAAGAUCAUUUUCACCAUCAAACUUUGGCAACAAAGUGAUCCCUGGCAUUAAUUUAAGAAACUCCUUUAACAAGACUAGGAAUAGUAGUUCUGAUUUUUUCAGUACAAAUCAGGAAAAACAAAUGCCAAGAUCAAGUACUGCUGGUUCAGGUAAUAUCCAUGCAGUGAUGGAUUUGGAUUCUGGUGAUAAUGACUUUAAGUUACAGGGUAUCGAAUAUGCUUCAGAGAAGAAGAAUAGUGAAUUUCAUACCCUUUUUAAAGAUUGCGAUAUCAAUUCCUACGAAAAGUUAAUUGUUGAUCAUAGUUGUGCUCUAUCUCGCGAUAUUCUUUUGCAAGGCAGAAUGUAUAUAUCUGAUGCGCAUAUUGGGUUUUUCUCAAAUAUUCUGGGGUGGGUCAGUACAGUUUUCAUACCAUUUAAAGAAAUCGUUCAAAUUGAGAAAAAGACUACAGCUGGCAUUUUCCCCAAUGGUAUUGUGAUUGAUACGCUACACACAAAAUAUAUAUUCGCCUCUUUUAUGUCAAGAGAUGCAACAUUUGAUUUAAUAACGGACGUAUGGAAUCAAAUUAUUCUGGGUAAAAAAUAUAGAAAUGACUUUGAAAACAACGGUGAUGGUAACUUGAGUGAUUCGAGUAGUGCAUUUUUCGACGAUUAUGACGACGAUGACAAUGAUGGAAGUCUGGAUGAUACCGACCCAGAUAUUAAUAGUACAGAUAUGACGUCAAGUGACGAUAUAGACGCUGACAUCUUUAAUGACUCGAAUGAUCUUGGAAAGAAUCAAAAACCAACAAACUAUUUACUAGGCCCUAACAAACAUGCUCCAACAACAGCCAAUUAUAAACCUUCCAGCAGUGAACAUUUGGUUAUUGAAGCAAACAUAGAUGCGCCCUUAGGAAAAGUAGUCAAUCUCUUAUACGGCGAAGACGUGUCCUACUAUGAAAGGAUCUUGAAAGCUCAAAAAAAUUUUGAAAUAUCACCAAUUCCCAACAAUUUUCUCAUCAAGAAGGCUCGUGAUUAUGCAUAUACAAAACCUUUAUCGGGUAGUAUUGGUCCAAGUAAAACAAAAUGUUUAAUCACAGAUACUUUGGAGCAUUAUGAUUUGGAAGACUAUGUUAAAGUACUUAGCGUUACCAAGAAUCCGGAUGUUCCUUCAGGAAAUAUCUUUUCAGUGAAGACAGUCUUCCUUUUCUCCUGGGAUAAAAACAAUUCUACCAAAUUAACAGUUUACAACUCCGUCGAUUGGACUGGCAAAAGUUGGAUUAAAAGUAUGAUCGAAAAGGGGACAUUUGAUGGUGUUGCGGAUACUACAAAGACAAUGAUAUCUGAAGUCAAGAAUAUUUUAGGUGAUGAAGAUUCAAAUAUAAAUUUAAAACACCAAUCCAACAAUAGCGAAUCUGAAGGAGAAACUGUUAAUCUGCCCACUGUUGGGCCUUCUGUCCAUGAUCCGACAGAGCCAGAUUUUCAAAAGGGAAAAGAUGAUACAAUUAUUGAUGAAAAUAUCAAUAUUCCAGUUCCUUUAGGAACAGUUUAUUCACUCUUGUAUGGCGAUGACACUUCUUAUAUUAAAAAGAUCAUUGAGAAUCAGAAUAACUUUAAUGUCUGCGAUAUUCCAAAAUUUACGAAUAACACGAGAGAGAUUAACUACAUUAAAAAAUUGAACAAUUCAUUCGGUCCGAAGCAAACUAGAUGUCUAGUUACAGAGACUAUCGAACACAUGGAUUUGAACAGUUUUUUCAUGGUAAAACAAAUCGUUAGAUCGCCAGAUGUUCCCUAUGGUAGUUCAUUCUCCGUUCAUACAAGAUUAUUCUAUUCUUGGGGUGAUCAUAAUACAACAAACAUGAAAGUCGUGACUAAUGUUGUUUGGACAGGUAAAUCCAUGUUGAAGGGGACCAUUGAGAAGGGAUCGAUUGAUGGACAAAGGAAUUCCACUAAGCAACUUGUUGAUGACCUUAAGAAGAUUAUUUCUAGUGCUGGUUCUACGAAGAAAAGAAGCAAGAAAAGAAGCAAGACAGUGAACAAAAGGAAACAGUCAUCAUCCACUAUCAAGAAUGAAAAUAAUGAAGAAUACAUCGAAGCUACAAGUACUAAAUCUUCAUUCUUUUCCAUUUUCUCCAUGUUGCAACAGAUAAAUAUAACCUCAAUUCAGGGAAUUAUGGCAAUCAUAUCUCUUUUUAUUUGUCUGGUCUUCUUCCUUAGAUUAUUAUUCCAUUCGAGGAGUACCUCCAAUAUCCAAAUUAUCACUCCAGGGACAAUCCUGAUAAAUGGGAAUGAAUACAAUUACGUUCCCAACUUCAAAACUCUUUAUCACGUUUAUGAAGACAAUAUUAUAAAAAAUGCUCACCGUAAGGGCUCGAACACUAAUAAUAUUGUCACUGAUACAGAGGGUUUGAUAUGGGACUGGUUGAUUGAUCGUGGAAAUGGGACUAUCCAAAAUGGCAUCCUAUUCGACCAGAAGAAGGAGAAGAAGGAUGGUAAGAAGAUUAGACCCGCAAACGGAGUUAGUGAUCAUAAGAUACAGCAGCUAGUUGAAUCUAUCAAAGUCACCGAAUUGCAACUGCAAGAAAUGAAAGAAUUACUAGCUAAAGCGGAUAAUACGUCAGUAGUUGCCCAAUUGUUAUAG